GAGCAAAGAUCCAUCUCUACACGGACGGCUCCAAACACCCGAAGAAGCCGAGCGACGACGCCUGGUCCGUUGUGAUCGUCGGUGACGACAACCACGGUUUCAGCUUCCAGGGGGCCAUCAUAGGGAAGCACAAGAGUGGCACCGACAUCGCCCUCAAGGACAAUGUCGAGCACGAGACCACCUCCACGACCGUCGAGAUCACAGCCCUGAUAUGGGCCUUCGCCUGGGUGAUACACUACAACCCCCUCUAUAUCACCACGAUAUCCACGGACUCGCUCGGCGCUCUGCAGCUCGCGAAGAGGCUAGCCUUCACCGACCACGACCCCAAGCUCGUCAGGACACUCUGCAUUCUCUACGACAUGGUCAGCAACAAGAUCGACCUGCAGCACGUCCACGCCCACGACUACAACCCGUGGAACGAGGUUGCCGACGCCGCCGCCAACCACGGACGCCUGCAAGAAGUUAUACCUCCUCAGCCAGAAUGGGCAAGCGUCAUGGAUGGCGCAUCCCAGCGGGACUGGGAGUUCCUGAUCGACGCGGGUCCCAACACAAAGGAGGCAUACCCCGUAUUCGGCCACGGCAAUCUCACAGCUAACAGGGUCGAGACGACCGCCGAGGCCCGACACUUUCACAACCCCUCCAGGCCCAGCGACAAGAAGAUUCUUGUAGAAAUAAACAUCGCCACCUUCAACAUCCAGUCGGGGAGAGAGCCAAAGGAAGGAUCGAAGCGUCGAAAAGAGAAGAUCAACAAGCUUAAGACCACGAUGGCCUGCCUGUACGACGAGGACCUCCAUAUCAUUGGUAUCCAGGAGGCAAGGACACCCUGGGGCGUCCGCGAAGCUGGACAAGACGACGACGCCAGAUGCGCCAACGCCAACUGCUACCACAUCAUUUCCGGCGGCCACAAAGGGUUCAACUACGGCUGCGAGCUCCAUGUUCUACUUGGCAAACCAUACGGCAAGAGCGGCAAAAAGGAGCUCUUCUUCAAACCUGACCAGUUCACAGUCAUCGUCAAGGACCCCAGGCUCCUUAUCGUUCGCGUUGCCGCCCCUGGCUUCGACCACGUGCUUGCCGUCGCUCGCGCCCCGCACUCGAAGGCCCUCGCGACCGAGAAGGAUAGCUACUGGAAGAAGCUCGCGGAGAACAUCGAAAAGCACCAAGUCAGCAUCAUCUUCUUCGACGCAAAUGCCAGGACAGGCAACAUCACCAGCGCGGCCAUCGGCGACAAGGGCUUCAAGCAAAACGAGGACCCAAACGGACACCGUCUACAUGAGCUGCUCCUGACCAACCACCUGGCGGCCGCCAACACCUUCGUCAGCCAUGGACCAGGGCAUCAUACCUGGCACUCGGGCAAGGACCCUCAUCGCAUCGACUACGCCAUCAUCCCCAAGGGCUACAUCGACUCCAUCGAGGAAUGCGCCGUGCUCUACGGCAUAGACAGCGGCCAAGACCCAGAGACCAAGGACGACCACUACCCAGUCAAGCUGCAGCUUGCCUACCAGAUCAUCUCGUCCGUCACCAAAGGAAUCCCGAAGUUAGACGAGAGCAAGCUAGCCGACGAAGGGUGCCGCAAAGAGUUCUGCCAAAAACUCGACGAGGUCAAACACCCGCCCUGGGACACCAACCUCAACGAGCACCUCACUAUAGUCACUGACAAGAUCACGGAGGCCGCGCACGAGUGCUUCCGCUCUAACAGCCGCGUCCCACACCAGCCCUACCUCACCAGGCGGCCCUUUGCUCUCCUGCGAGUUCGCCGCUCGAAACUGAAGACGACACGGACCGCCAAGAAAAACGGGAUCGCCAGCCACUUCGGUGACAAGAGGCUACGCUACACGGCAAAGAUCAUCGCGAGGGAAGCCCUCCUGCCCGACCCCGCAGAUGCGAGCGCCCUGGCCGAUCUCAGCGACUACGUCAAACUUGUGGUGGCCCUUAUCAUACUCAGCACUCCCAGCCUAGCUUCCCACGUCGUGGAACCCGACGAUGCCAACAUCGCGCACCACGCCCAGCACUACUUUGACGCCCUUCUCCAAUUCCUCAGGACGUCUAAGUCGAUCCUGCACAAGUGGAUCACGACAGACCGCGUCGACUUCCUUGAGAGAACCGCCGACGAGAUGGGUGCAGCGAUCGACGACCACGCCCCCCGUUUAGAGGCCCUGUACGCGAAGCGACUACUGGCCUUCGAAGGACGAAAGUCAAAGAAGCCGCCGACGCCGAUCAUCCGCACCAACGACGACGGGGAGCCCCCCACGAAGAAGAGCGAGAUCGCCGACCACGCCCUAACCUGCUACGGCAAAGUUGAGCAAGCUAUUGCCACGGAUGCAGACGGAGUAGCAGCCGACUACAACAAGAGGACACGCCACGCAGGGAUGGCUCGCCUGCUCCACCCUGUCCUAGUCAAGACCCACUUCGAGAGCACCGAGCCUAUCGCCGCCAAGGGCGGGUACUUCACGUAUUUCCACAAGGGACAGGGGGCCAUGGAGCUCCAGAAAUCAGACCGCGGCAUCCUGCUCAACAACACCAUCGGCAAGAUGCACAGCACCUUCCUCCGCACCCGCGUGAAGGGCCUGCUACCUGAGCUACUAGAAGCAACCCAGUGCGGCACCCGUCCCAAGAUGGCCACGGAUUUCAUCACUCACACCAGCCUCGCCCUCAUCAGCGACUGCCAGAGGAGAUCAAGGUCAUGCAGCAUCACCUUCCUGGACCUCAGGGAGGCUUUCCACUCCGUCAUCAGGGAAUUCUGCAUGCAAUUGCCGACCACCGCUGACGAGCUCAACGAGCUCAUCGAACGGAUCGACAUUCCCGACUUCAUCAGACCAGCUCUAAAGGAACGACUCCAGCAGCCAGCCUACAACAAACAGCACAUCGACGACGAGCACCUCUGCCACAUGAUUGCAGAUCACCACACCUCCAACUGGAUGACAGCCAAGAACGCAAGGCACUACCAGCUGCCUCGGACCAGCACCCGACCUGGAGUGCCAUACUCGGACGUCGCCUUCAACAUACACUUCGCCAUCAUGCUGAGGGCGACCAGGCAGUUCGAGAGGAAGAGGCCCACGGCCAGCAGACAGGCGGACACGAGAUAG